AUGGCCUUUCAGAGGAUGGGCUAUGGAAAUCAUUGGAAAUAUUAUCCUCCUUCCAGCCAAGGACAUAGCUUCAUACUGGUCGCAACGGACUACUUUAUCAAGUGGGUGGAAGCCAUUCCAAUUAAAGUAGUGAGUCAUGUGGAUGUGAUGAAGUUCUUGAAGCAGAUUAUUCAGAAGUUUGGCAUUCCCGAGACCAUAACCUGUGAUAAUGGGAGCAUGUUCAUAGGAGAUUUAAUACUGGAGUUUGCCAUGGAACAUAGAAUCACCAUCAUUCAUUCUACUUCAUACUACACCCGAGGGACUACACCUUUCUCUUUAACAUUCGGUCAUGAUGCGGUUUUACCAAUGGAGGUUACUAUGAAAUCAUUACGAGUUGCUCAACAGCAUAGCUUGACUCCAUUCAAAUACAGCGAAGCUAUGUUGACUGAAUUAUGUGUCAAGGCCUUGAACUACAUGCAAGCUCAAAAUAUGAUGGUGACCAAGGCAUAUGACAAGCGAGUUAAGCCUCAAGAAUUCAGAGAGGGUCCACUGGUGUGGAAAGCUAUCUUGCCAAUUGGGGCUAAGACUAGCUUAUUUGGUAAAUGGUCUCCUAUGUGGGAAGGACCAUUCGAGAUAUACCCAUAUAGGUUGCAGGACCUCAACAGGCAGAUCCAAUUGAAACCGAUCAAUGAGAAAUACUUGAAAAGAUACCUCUCCCAGGUUUCACCACAUGGCUCAGAGGCUUGUAGACCUUCAGCCAGCAAGGCAACUUCCUCAAAGAGUUCCUUAAAUUCCUGA